AUGCCCAAUUUGAGCAUAUUCUCAAAUUCGUCCUUAGCUACCCGUAAUUUAGUUGGAUGCAAUCGACGAGGUGAUCAUUCCACAGCUUCUUGCCUUUUUCUUUUCUUUUCUUUUCUUUUUCUUUUCUUUUCUUUUUCUUUUCUUUUCUUUUCUUGUCUUUUUCUUUUCUUUUCUUUUCCUUUUCUUUUCUUUUCUUUUCUUUUCUUUUUGCUAUUUCUAUGGCCAAACACUAACCAUCCACAGUCGUUUCCUUACAAAGUGAUUCCAGCCUCUGCGGUUAACAUGAGCCCGUCUUCCUACCAACCGCCGUUUGGCAUGCUGACCAGUGGCCUUGUUGGACCUGACCAGCAUUUUUACGUCAACAGCAAUGGAGUGGAGAACGUUUACGAAACGGCGGCCCGUCUCUUGUUUAUGUCUGUCAAGUGGGCUCGAAACAUUCCUUCAUUUCUGCAGCAACCUUUUAGAGAUCAAGCAAUUCUUUUGGAAGAAAGUUGGAGCGAACUGUUUGUCCUCAGCACUUCACAAUGGUCAAUGCCCAUCGAUGUAGCUUCUUUAUUAACAGCCAAUGGUUGGAGUCUUGAUGCUCAACACGCCGAAAAGACAACAUUCAUGAUGACUCAACUGCGACUGCUGCAAGACAUUAUUGCCCGAUGCAAUGAAUUACACGUAGAUGCAACGGAAUACGCAUGCUUAAAAGCUAUCACUCUCUUCCGGCCAGGUAAGAUAUAA